AACAACAACAACAACAACAACAACAACAACAACAACAACAACAACAACAACAACAACAACAACAACAACAACAACAACAACAACAACAACAACAACAACAACAACAACAACAACAACAACAACAACAACAACAACAACAACAACAACAACAACAACAACAACAACAACAACAACAACAACAACAACAACAACAACAACAACAACAACAACAACAACAACAACAACAACAACAACAACAACAACAACAACAACAACAACAACAACAAC